AUGAUAUUAAGCACAAUUUUCAUUUUAUUUUAUAUCAAUCAAGCUGUUGCGAGUUGUGCAGGUAUACUAAAAAAAUGAAAUAAGUAGAUGAAACCCCCCAUUUAGCAACCAGAAACCUCAAAGCAACCUAAUCCGUAUGUGACAACACAAUGCAGUUCAAUCUAUCCUUUGCCGAUUACCCACUCACCAUUGAAAUUGCCAAACAACUAUAGACUAUCUACACAAUUGCUUCCAUUUCAACACUCUCUGCAUCUGAUAUGCAAGGAAAUCUGAAUGGUAUUAGUUCUAAAAAUAACCUUUAAAGCCUAUACUGCAACUAGUUUUGAGUUUCGAUCCCCAUCUGAACAUCAAAUAGAAGGAAUUCAAUAUGAUUUGGAGAUGUUAAUUCAUCAUCAAUUGCAAGAAGGCUUAAUUUCUAAUUCACAAAUGGCCAUAGUAUCUAUCCUUUUCAAAAUUGAUAAACUCUAAUCACAACCAUUUUUUGAUGAUUACUAUUUCAGGAUCUUAAAACAUCAGAAUACUACCACUUUGACCAUCAAUUUUCACAAUUCUCUUGGUUCAUAGAUUCCCUUGGACCCAACAUUCUAUACUUAUAUGGGUACUUUCAAUUCUCAUUUGUUGGAUUGCAAACAGCUGGUACAGUGGUACGUACUAGAUAUUCCACUUCCUAUUUCUUCAUAACAAGUUGCUCACUUCAAUUAUUUCUUCCGUAGCAAUGAAACCAUAAACACUCAGGAUUAAAUAACUGAAGUGAUCGACUUAUUAAAAUUGAAAGGGGCAUACUGUGAAAGCCAUUUGGCCAGAGAUUUUGGUUUGUUCUUGGCGUAUUGUGCUAUGAUUUUCAUAAUUUAUAAAUCAAUUUGA